CAAACGCCGACCUUGAUAAUGAACAUCUUAUAAGAGAGUAUGACAGAGAACUGCGAUCAUUUUGUUCCGCGUUUCGUCCAAGCGACCUAGCAUGAACUUACGAUUGUGGUUCAUCGUUGUUGCCUGCUUCAUCUGUCUCGGACCAUUUGUGACUGCGCAUCACGGUGGUGGAGCUAACCACAGCGACCAUCACGAGGAGGGGCAUCAUGACGAAGCAGUAUCCACAUCGCAAGCAGUACCCACGUCUCAAGCUGCGAAACCGGAUGGGAAGAAUGAGGUAGACCAACGGGCGGCGCAAGACGAAGCAAACGGAAAAGGGAAAGGUCAAAAAAGCGAAGCUGAGUCCAAGUUCAUCAGUCUGAACGUAUGGCAUGGAGGAGCUCACCCAGCACCGGAGAAGCUCAUUGUCUUCAACACGGAACGUUAUGGGAAUUGGUCCGAUUGGUCAGAAUGCCUGACGAGGGAUUGUAUUGAAGUUCGCUAUCGUACGUGUCUGGACGACUCCUGGGAACGACCAAGUCCCAGCAAAAUUCACACCACAAAGUGUCUGAGCAAGUAUUAUGCAGAAAAGCGCACGUGUGAAAACAAAACAGCGUGUUCGUCUCCAGUUGUGUUGGAGAACUGCGGCAUCCGACCGAAGACUACUGGACUUGUUCACAAAAUCUUGGGUGGAGAAAGCACCUCCCCAAAUUCGUGGCCAUGGGCAGUCCGUUUAUCGGUAAGACCACCACGGAGGAACGCUAUCACAUUCUGUGGAGGUACUCUGAUCACCCCUCAAUGGAUUCUCACUGCGGGUCACUGUCUAUUGGUGGAGAACAAACGCAUGCCAGUAGGACGCUUGGUACUUCUAUCGGACUACAUGAAGAGCACUAUCUACGCUCAUGUGGGUGACCAUCAUAGGAGUAAAAAGGAAGAAACACAGCAAGAUUAUCAAGUCACAAAGGCUGCUAUACACCCGAGAUAUCACCGGCGGCUAACAACGGAUGGCGAUGAUAUUGCAUUACUCUACUUAGCAGAGCCAGUUAAAUUGAUGCCGGAAGUCAACUACGCUUGUCUGCCAACGAAGGAUAUGGUACUGGAGCCUGGCACCAAGUGUUAUGCAGUCGGUUGGGGUAGUACGCAAGCAGGAACCGUUCCCACGUUUGACGACAUUCAAAGCAUCCUGGACUCGUUGUUCAUUCCAUUUCCGGAUUUAUUCAGCUCAUUCGGACGUUACCCUUUCAGUCAUUUUCGGCGCCGUCAGCAUCGCAGAGAUACCAGCGCUGACGAGUUGCAAGAGGUCGAACUUCCGAUUGUGAGCAUGGACCAAUGUCGCAGGCAUUACACGGAGCUUAACGAUGAGUUGCACAUUUGUGCUGGUUCAAAGGGCAAGGAUACGUGUUCUGGUGAUAGCGGUGGUGGUCUCUAUUGUCAACUACCAAAAUCAGAGAGCUGGUUUGUUGCUGGUGUCACAAGUUUCGGAUUGGCUCGCGGAUGUGGCCUGAACCCAGGUGUUUACACAUCAGCAAUCGCUCACGUGGAUUGGAUUUCCAGAACAAUCCAAUUGCCAAUCUUCUAGUUUCACAGCACUACUUGAUACAACUACACGCUACACUGUGCUCGCCAUUUUAAUACUUUGGCUUCACACUAAGAGAUGUCAUAUUAUUUCAACAGAACUGUUUGAUUCAUUUAUCUAGGCUACUAACAUCAGCAAGUAAAUCCAUUAAAAAUACUGUGUUGAUCUUUUGGCGAUCGAUGUUGCUUGGUUAACGUGUUACACUUCUGUCAAAAUGUGCCCAAGAAAUCAAUCUUGGAUGUCGGCUCUUGAGAUCACAAAGAGACCGUCGAUAAUAGUUAUCCACUGUGUCUCAGAUAAUUGACUCAAGGGUUUGGAUGAAAGGGUCAUACCAAUCACGCUUGUAAACAGCGGUAGUGUAUUC